CGAGGAAGGGCGGUGCUACGCUCCCCUAAAGGCCGCGGCGGGGGCCGGGGCUACACGGUGUGGCUGGGGCCGGCGUUGGGUGUGGGUGGGUGAGCGCGGCCGUGUGGAAGGUGGCCUCGGUUGCUCGGCUGUCCUGCGCUCACUCUCAGCCGCCGCCAUGUCGUGGGAGACCGAGAUCAUGGAGUCGCAGGUGAUGUGGGAGCCCGACACCAAGCGGAACACGCACAUGGACCGGUUCCGCGCCGCCGUGGCCAGCAGCUGCGGGCUCCGCCUGGCCAACUACAAUGAUUUAUACCAAUGGUCGGUGGAAUCCUUCUCAGACUUCUGGGCGGAAUUCUGGAAGUACAGUAACAUCGUGUGUUCUCGCCUGUACGAUGAGGUGGUUGAUACGUCCAAAAGCAUUGCAGAUGUCCCAGAAUGGUUUAAAGGUAGCCGUCUGAACUAUGCAGAAAAUCUUCUGAAGCACAAAGACAAUGACAAGAUUGCACUGUAUGCAGCAAGGGAAGGGAAAGAAGAAAUCUUGAAAGUUACUUUUGAAGAACUGAGACAAUCUGUAGCUUUGUAUGCUGCAGCCAUGAGGAAGAUGGGAGUAAAAGUGGGAGACAGAGUUGUGGGUUAUUUACCAAACAGCAUUCAUGCAGUAGAAGCAAUGCUGGCUGCUGCAAGUAUUGGUGCUAUCUGGAGUUCAACAUCCCCAGACUUUGGCAUUAACGGUGUGCUGGACAGAUUUUCCCAAAUUCAGCCUAAGCUCAUCUUCUCUGUUGAAGCUGUUGUGUACAAUGGCAAAGAACAUAACCACUUGGAAAAGCUCCUGAGUGUGGUAAAAGGGCUUCCAGAUAUAAAAAAAGUGGUGGUGAUUCCAUAUGUCUCCUCAAGAGAAACGAUAGAUAUCUCUAAGAUUCCCAGCAGUGUCUUUUUAGAAGAUUUCCUUGCUACUGGGAAAGGAGACCAGGCGCCACAGCUGGAGUUUGAACAGCUGCCUUUUAGUCACCCUCUCUUUAUCAUGUAUUCAUCAGGCACAACAGGGGCACCAAAAUGCAUGGUUCAUUCAGCAGGGGGUACGCUAAUACAGCAUCUGAAGGAACACAUUCUUCAUGGCAACAUGACCAGCACUGACAUAAUUAUGUACUAUACAACGACUGGCUGGAUGAUGUGGAACUGGUUAGUGACUGCACUUGCUACAGGAGCUUCAGUGGUCCUCUAUGAUGGAUCUCCUCUAAUUCCAUCACCAAACGUGCUCUGGGACUUGAUUGACAGACUGGGGAUUACCAUCCUUGGAACGGGUGCAAAGUGGCUGGCUGUGCUAGAAGAGAAAAACUUUAAACCAUGUGAAACACACAAUCUCCAAACACUCCACACUAUAUUGUCUACAGGAUCACCACUCAAAUCUCAAAGCUAUGAGUAUGUCUACAAACAUAUAAAAAAUAGCGUUCUCCUUGGAUCCAUUUCAGGUGGGACAGAUAUAAUUUCAUGUUUCAUGGGUCAGAAUGUUACAAUUCCAGUUUACAAAGGAGAAAUUCAGGCCAGAAAUCUUGGAAUGGCUGUAGAAGCAUGGAAUGAUGAAGGGAAGCCAGUUUGGGGUGAAAGUGGAGAGCUGGUUUGUACCAAACCUAUUCCCUGUCAACCUACACACUUCUGGAAUGAUGAGAAUGGAAGCAAAUACAGGAAGGCUUAUUUUUCAAAAUUCCCAGGUGUUUGGGCCCAUGGGGAUUACUGCAAAAUUAAUCCCAAAACAGGAGGAAUUGUGAUGCUUGGUCGCAGUGAUGGUACAUUAAAUCCGAAUGGAGUAAGAUUUGGAAGUUCUGAAAUCUAUAACAUAGUUGAGGCCUUUGAGGAGGUUUCAGAUAGCCUCUGCAUCCCUCAAUACAACAAAGAUGGGGAGGAAAGGGUGAUACUCUUCUUGAAGAUGGCACUAAACCACGUGUUCAGCGAGGAUCUGGUGAAAAGAAUUCGAGAUGCAAUACGUGUAGCGCUUUCUGCCAGGCAUGUUCCAAGCCUCAUUCUAGAAACCAAAGGCAUUCCGUACACGAUAAAUGGAAAGAAAGUGGAAGUAGCUGUGAAGCAAAUAAUUGCGGGGAAAGAAGUUGAGCAGCGGGGAGCUUUCUCAAACCCAGAGACUUUGGACCUCUACCAAAAUAUUCCUGAGCUUCAGAAUUUUUGAAGUCGUGUGUUCUUUUUUUCAUCUGUCUUUGUUCUGUAUUUGUUUUGUAUAUAACAAUACUAUAUGUAAAAAAAAAAAAAAGCUCUAUUUAAUACCAAUGGUUGUUUUAAAAUAAUAAAAUAUUUCGUUAAGUGCAUUAUGAAAGGCUUGGGUAAAGUUUAGCUCCCUUAUAUUGGUUAAAUAUGCCAUAUGUCUUGGAGUUUUUUUCCAGCCUGGAAGGAGGAACCUGCCUGUUUUGAUUUUUAUAUAUAUGAUAAAUACGUCUUUUCUGGUUAGUUUUACAUCAGUAGCCCAUCAAAUGGGAGCACCGGUAGCAGAAGUUACAGUUGUGAUAAUAAAAUGUCUUUCAUAAGAUGUUCACUUUUUUUUUUAAACUGGAUUUUCAGCAUCUUUAUUUUUCAGUCCAUGUGUUUCAGAGGUACCUGCAAGGAAUAUACAGCGAUUUUAACUACUUGACUAUGAAACAUAGAAAUAUUCUAUAUGUAGUGCGCAUUUAAAUGUUUUUAUAAAACCAAAUCAUAAUGCACUAAACCUGUUCGACUUGACUCAGAAUAAUUUCAGUCUUGAAAUAUCUCAUGGUACUCAUGAAGGUAAUUGCUGCUUCAUUUUGCGAUGUAACCUUCUUGUUUUAAGCUCUUACUUAGUUCAUUGACUUCUGGGGAUUUGGAAGGUGGGGGAGCAAUCACCUCUGUAUUUCUGGUGUAACUCGAGGUUAUUUCUGUGGAAUUUACAGUAAUUACUCUGGGUUUAAUGUUAUUGUAGCCGAAGAUGUCAUCCUGCUUUUUUGUUUUGAGGUUCUUUAUUGGCUAUAAAGUAAAAAGUAACAAUCCAGUGUUAUGUUAGCUGAAGAAUUCCAGUGUGUUCACUUAUAAAAGCUAAUGGUUUUGUAACUUUUUUACUAAAUGUCAUAUUGAAAGUGAAAGACUAAAGCGUUUUCUAGCUCUGUAUCCUUCCAGUUCAUAAAGGGAAAAAUACUGUAAUGAACAGUACAAUGGAAGCACUAAAGCAUUGUUUUCUCAUAAAGAAAAUGUGAUUGCAGUAGUUGUAUCAAACCUCUGGCAUUCAGUUUUCUCCUGCACUAUUUGAACUUUGUGGGUUAAGUAUUUAAUGCAUUAAAAUAAUGGAUGUCCUUACAAUUGUGUUGAAUGCAUUCAACAGUUACAGAGUUAAUCAAAAUAAAUUGAUUCUUUUUAAUAUAUAUUUAUUUCCACUUC